CGAUCCCUUUGUUUUUUUUAUUUCAACCAAACACGUGUGUUUUGGUUUGAUUGUGCAGAAAAAAAUAUUUUAACUUAUUUACGAGGCACGGCGUACCGAAUACACCAUGCCGAAGGUACGCAGCACCCCGGGAAAGCCCCGGACGCAGGGAUUCAACCACUCCAACCAUUCGAUGAAUCCGGAGCGCCCCAAAAGUGGCCUCAAGGGAGUCGCCCACCCCCGCACGAAGGGCACCAUCAAGCGGCUCCAGAUGUACCGCAAUUUUAAGGCCAAGCGGGAUCGCACUGGAAAGAUCCUCACGCCCGCCCCCUUCCAGGGGCGCCUGCCGGCUGGAACAAUGGCCCGUGUGGAGCCCACGCCCAAGUGGUUCAGCAAUUCCCGCGUCAUCUCGCAAUCGGCUCUGCAAAAGUUCCAGGAUGAGAUCGGCAAGGCUGUAAAGGACCCCUACCAGGUGAUCAUGAAGCCAUCACAGCUGCCGGUGACGCUGCUGAACGAGGCAGCCAAGUACAAAAGGGUUCACCUGUUGGAUACCGAGAGCUUCGACAGCACCUUUGGACCCAAGAAGCAGCGCAAGAGGGUCAGCCUGAAAGUACGCGAUCUGGAGGAUCUGAGCAAGGCGGCCGACGAUCAGGCUGAUAAGUACGAUUCCGCCAAGGACUUGGAUCUGAUCCGUGAGGACACAGGCGAGAAGAAGGCAGUGCGCGAUUGGGUCUUCGGUGCGGGGCAGAGUAAGCGCAUUUGGAACGAGCUGCACAAGGUUGUGGAUGCUUCCGAUGUGCUACUCCAGGUUCUGGAUGCACGCGAUCCCAUGGGCACUCGCUCCAAGUACAUCGAGGAGUUCCUGCGCAAGGAGAAGCCACACAAGCAUCUGUUCUUCAUCCUGAACAAAGUGGAUCUGGUGCCUGUAUGGGUCACCCAGCGGUGGGUGGCCAUCCUCAGUGCCGAGUAUCCCACCAUUGCCUUCCAUGCAUCCCUCCAACAUCCCUUCGGAAAGGGUGCUCUGAUCAACCUCUUCCGUCAGUUGGGUAAAUUGCAUCUAGAUAAAAAGCAGAUCAGCGUGGGCUUCAUUGGCUAUCCUAAUGUAGGUAAAUCCUCUGUUAUAAACGCCCUGCGCUCCAAGAAGGUGUGCAAAGUAGCACCCAUUGCGGGAGAGACGAAGGUUUGGCAGUACAUUACCCUAAUGAAGCGCAUCUUCCUGAUCGAUUGUCCUGGCGUGGUGUAUCCCACGGCUGAGACGGACACCGAGAAGGUGCUGAAGGGUGUUGUGAGGGUGGAGUUGGUCACAAAUCCUGAGGAUUACGUAGACGCCCUGCUGCAACGCGUGCGUCGGGAAUACAUUUCUAAGAACUACAAAAUCGAGCAUUGGAACACAUCCACCCACUUCCUGGAGCAGCUAGCCCAAAAGACCGGCAAGUUGCUGAAGGGUGGCGAACCGGACGUCACGGUGACCGCCCGUAUGGUGCUUAAUGAUUGGCAGCGCGGCAAGCUGCCCUUCUACGUUCCCCCCGAGGGAUUCGCUGUCCCCAAGUCCCAAGAGGGUAAGGAAGAUGAAGAAGUGGUCGAUGAUGCCAAUGAAGAUGCUAAGUCAGAGGCUCCGACCUUUGUCAGCGAAUCGGUGAAGAAAGCGCGUGAGUUCAAGCAGAUCCAGGACUUCCGGAAGAUUCGCGUGGGCCUUGAGUACGAGCAGCAGGAUGUGAAGGAGCUUGACCAUAUUGACCUGGAGCUGCUGGAACAGCAGAAGGCCGAACGGGCGGCAAAGAAGAAGGCUCGUCUUCACAACCUCGGUGAAGAGGAGGAGUCUAGCGAUGGAGCGGAUGAGUUCUACUCGGAGGACGAGUACAACGAGGAUUUGCAGCGUGUGGUCCACAAGAAGGCUAAGGCCAAAAAGACCCAGCAACUGGCAAUCACAUCGUCCGGUAAAUUCCGCGUGGCUAAAAUACAGCCAGGCGAUUCGGAUGAGGUCGACAGCUCUGACGACGACGGACCCAGCACUUCCAAGGCCCCCCGGCUGACAGCAAAGCAGAAGCGCUCACUGGAGCGUAGCCAGAAACGCAAGAAGAUCGGUAGCAACUUCUAUGAAACGACGAACGUGAAGAACCGCAAUCGCAACAAGAAGAAGGACACGUAAUACAACGUUUACACUCUAGGCUAUAUUCUCUUGCAAGGAAAGAAACUACAUAUUAAGAAUCCAAAUAAAAUGUUGACCCUA